AUGAACAACGAUAAUCGACACUCGUUUAUUCCUGAUUCAACAUUACUUAAUUCAUUAGAUUUAUGUACAACUUCUACAUCAUCAUUCUUAACAUCAACAAAAGAUCAAAAGUCAACAUUAAUUAAUUUAUUAAAUAAUAAUCGAAGAAAAACGAUCAUAUCUUCACCUCAUCGACUAACAAUUAAAUUAGAAGUGUAUACACAAGGUGAAAAUCAAUCUGUUCUAAAUUUUUCUAAUGAAGUAUUGAAGCUUUGUGAUGAAGCUGAUUUUACAAUGAGUGAAGCUACAAAAUUGAAAAAUCUUCUAAAUAAAACUAAACCGACUAUCCAACUCGAAGUUCGAAAGAAACAACCAAUAUUAACUACCGAAUUUCUUGAAUAUGCUAAAGAAAGGGAAGAAUUAUUUCAAUUAUCAAACAUUAAUAUUGAUAAUAAUACCAAUAAUAACCAUCAACCAGCAAAAACCGAACAUUUUUCUUCGUUAACUACUACACCUUCAUCAACUAAUCGAUAUCCAGCAAAUAAUUUUUCAAAUAAAUAUCCAUCUGGAUAUGCCAGAAACUUCAGUUAUAAUCCAAAUACCUUUAAUAAUCGUAAUAUUCGUUCAUAA